AUAUUCUCUUUCUUGUCCGAAGGUUCUCUCGCUCUGUCUUCCGCUUCUCUCAGUGUAUUUUCGUCUGUAACUCAGCAGCAACAAUGUCUGGUCGUGGAAAGGGUGGUAAGGGAUUGGGCAAAGGAGGCGCAAAGCGUCAUCGUAAGGUUCUGAGAGAUAACAUUCAGGGCAUCACCAAGCCGGCCAUUAGACGUCUGGCGAGGCGUGGUGGAGUGAAGCGUAUCAGUGGUUUGAUCUAUGAGGAGACUCGAGGCGUCCUCAAGAUCUUCUUGGAGAACGUCAUCCGCGACGCGGUCACCUACACUGAACACGCUCGACGGAAGACUGUCACCGCUAUGGAUGUCGUCUAUGCCCUCAAGCGACAGGGUAGGACCCUCUACGGCUUCGGUGGUUGAUCAAGGAACAUCUCCGCUUUGCAAGAAUUCUUCUGCAUCUUUAUGCCAGUCUUUUGCUCCUCCUGUACUUGUAAAUUUGCAGUUCCAAGGAUCUUUUUAUGUAGACUCAACGAAUAUGUUGGCAUUUUAAGUUACCAUUUCAAUGAGAAUUUGGCUUUUCCUACUA